UAAAAUGCGUCGUCCCCGCUAGCUCCAGCGGACACGUCUUCUCUUAAAUAAAGCUUCCAAUUCCAAACGAACUGACCACUGCUAUCAGCUGUCAUCAUUGCCUGGGACAGGAAGCAAAGAGAAGGACGAGAAUUAAGCGGGUCGGAUCGGCUGAACAAGAGCCAUGCUUGCGAGCGCGACGAGAGCAGGGACGACGACGUCGUCCACCAAGCCCGGCCACGCGGCGGGCGCCGUCCGCACCAGCGGCGCCGGCGGCGGCAACGGCACCCCCGCCGUCGUCGUCGUCACCGACGGCGCCGGGCAGCAGGAGGUCACCGUCUCUCAGUUCGUCGCGCAGCUAGAUGAGGCGGCGCGGCGGAGGCUGGACAGCAUGCACCAGAGGCUGAGGCUGCUGGAGCAGCAGAUGGAGACGCUGGAGGCCGAGGUCGGCAAAGCCAGCAGCACCAGCAGUAGGAUGGACACCUACGCCUAGUCUUUAGUCGCCUGGAGUAGUUGCUAGCGGCCUGGCCAGAUCGAUCCGUCGCGUCGAUCAGGGAGCAGACCACACAGAUAUGUCUCAUGUACAUGGACGAUGAUUAUAUGACGACGCAUGGAUGGUGCCGUCGCUAAAACUAUCUCCACAGUUUUGGAGCGACUUGGAAAAAUAUGGCAGUUCGUUUGCAAUUUGUCACUCUCAUCUCCUGUGGAAAUGGAUGCCGUUCCAAGCA